AUGGCCCCUUUCAACACCAUCUUACUUCUCGGCGCCACGUCCGGUCUUGGAGAGUCUGCCGCUAAGCGCCUCCUUGGCCAAGGGAAGAAAGUCAUCGUCACUGGCCGGCGACAAGCUCGUCUCAAUGCGCUGAAGGCUGAAGGUCUCGAGACCUACGCAAUGGAUGUCAGCGACCUUGCCGCAAUCCCAAAACAUCUCGACACCCUCUUCUCGACUUUUCCUGACAUCGAUACUGUAUGGAUCAACAGCGGCAUCGCAACGCGUUACUCGGUCAAAGAUAUCAAUUCCUGCAGUGAUGCCGAUCUCACGCUCGAAGUGACGACCAAUUUGACUGCAGCAGCGAUCAUCGCACGUCACACGAUUCCUCGCUUCCUCGCCCGUGGAGAGCACGUCGAAUCGCACUUCCUCAUCACCACUUCUGGCUUGGGAUUUGUGCCCAUUCCCUCCUUCCCCGUUUACAAUGCUUGCAAAGCGGGCCUUCAUUACUUUCUCGUCUCCCUGCGCCAGCAACUCAAAGACUCUCCAGUCAAUGUUAUUGAGAUUGUGCCGCCAUAUGUGGCGACUGAGUACGUUCGAGAAAACCGGGAACAGGCCCCUAAGAAUCUUCAGGCCAUGUCGCUGAAGGACUAUGAGGACGAAGUAUUUGCCCAGCUUGAUAACAUUCCGGCGAAAGAACUUAAGGAAGUUGCUGCUGGGCCCUCAGCUCUGAGGGUCAAGGCGUGGAGGGACAGCCUUGGUGCAAUGGUUGCUAAGUCGCCAUUCACAGAUUAA